AUGCUGCUUUCCUGUACGCUGGAAAUCGUCUCUCGAGGUCCUUUGGACCUUCCGGGAUGGUUGUGGAUCCCUUCUUUGAAAGCCAUACGGAUUCCUAUUUCGGGAACCAUCACGGCCGACCAGUCUUUGUUCAAGGCAUUGGGCAGGAAAAGGGAGAGAGCAGGGAAGACUGCGAGGGUUGAACUGAGACCAAGACCGCCUUACGUUUUGGGGGUUCCUUUGGUUUGUGUCAAAAUCGGGGCACCUCAAAAUGUUUGUCUCUGUGUGUGCGAUACUCGGCUGGAUACCACUGCAAGGAAGAUAAAGAGGACCGCUACUGCUACUCCUUUCGAGGAGCUUUCCUUCAGUGUGUGUGUUUCCUUCCAUUUCCCCUUCGAAAACAAGCCUCAAAAAGGUGCCGGAGGUGGCCCUUCGGCCCUUGGGCCCUUGGGCCUCGAGGCCUUUGUCGAGCUCUUCGCAUCUCCCAUCGCCGGGGUGGGCGUCCGCGCCUUCCGGCCGAUCCCAGCAGGAGUCGAUCCUUUCCCGAUCUGCAAUCCUCACAUGGCUGCAAAGGAGACUGCUUGUUUUGUUUCGUUGAGAGAGAGAGAGAGGGAGGGAAGGAGGGAGGGAGGGAGGGUCAAGUCCUUCUUUGCUGCCUUGACUGAAGAUGAUGGCUGGACUCCUCAGACGCAAGCUGGUGAGGUUGUCUACGGCGUGCUUGCAACAGGCAUGAACAACCUCAACUUGUCAUGGUAUCUGAAUCAUUCAGAAGAGCCGAACAUUGUGUUCCAGGAUGCAGAAGAGGACGGGGGCUACAACUCCUUCAUCACAAAGCCGUUAGACGGCAUUUUUCCAGUAGAGUAG